AUGCUGGUCCUCGUCCUGGUGGUCCUCAUCCCUGUGCUGGUCAGCUCCGUUGGCACAGGCGGCUCGGACGACAGCGGGAGCCACUUUGAGAUGCUGGGUACCUGCCGCAUGGUUUGCGACCCCUUCCCCAGCACGGGCACCACGGGCGCAGGUGUGCACGCCGGCACCGACACAGCGACCAUGGGCCUGCAGGUGGACAACGAUUCAGACCUGAGUGAUCACAGCAUCGGCCCACCGCUGCCCACGUACAGCGCUCACGGCCCACAAGGCAAACCGGGACGCCCGGGCAAGCCCGGACCCCCGGGACCACCUGGAGAGCCUGGCCCCCCAGGACCUAAGGGACCACCUGGAGACAGUGUGGACAUCGUACGGACGGGGAUUCUCGGUUUAGGGGGUAAGGGGGCAGUUAGCACAACUACUUACAACACCACUCCUCGGGUGGCGUUUUACGCAGGACUACGAAACCCUCAAGAAGGUUACGAUAUACUACGGUUCGACGACGUGGUGACUAACAUUGGUGGUAACUAUGAGGGCGCGACGGGCAAGUUCACCUGUAAGAUCCCUGGCACCUACUUUUUCAUCUACAACGUGCUGAUGAGGGGAGGAGACGGCACCAGCAUGUGGGCUGACCUGAUAAAAAACGGUCUGGUCAGGGCCAGCGCCAUCGCCCAGGACCAGGACCAGAGUUAUGACUACGCCAGCAACAGUGUCAUACUUCAUUUGGAUGCAGGCGAUGAGGUUUUCAUAAAAUUGGAUGGGGGCAAAGCUCACGGAGGCAACAGCAACAAAUACAGCACCUUUUCAGGGUUCAUCCUCUAUGCUGACUGA